AUGGACCAGCCUCCGACACCAUCUAGCGUCGAAACUGACGAUCCAUGGCCUGAGUUCUCCGACGCAGAAUUGGAGUCAUAUCAGAAAUCGAUCGAGAAUUCCAUCAUAUCCCCCGGUGGGCAGAUGACUGUUGAGAACCACAAACAAACUCUCACCGAUCUUUCUGCUGAGUAUUCUGAGACUGCUGUUCUAAUGCAUCUUCGUGAGGCCGCACAGAAGUCUCUCAAGCCUGGUCCGUCAUCCGAGCUAGAAUUGCAAUUCACCUGGGGCUUCCUCGAGCAUUUCCCCAAGCCGCCAAAGCAGCCCAAGUCCCUCCCCGACCCGACCGAGUUCCCUAGCAUGAAGGGGAGAAAACAGACUCACUCUGUUCGUUUUGCUGAGGACUCGGAUAUCGUCUCGGAUAGAGCUAUGACUAUUUUCCGGUCUAUUGAUGAUUUGCAGGAGAAGUUUCAGAAAGAAACCCCAUGCGAUACCACUGAAGCAAUUUCACCUAUCCUCCAGAACCUCAGACUCCUAAACCACGAGGUGAUAUGCGCAAAGGUUCUUCACGCGUCUCACAAGCUGGGUAAUUGGUCUGUCGGUCUCGAUAUAAACAUGCUCCAAGCCAGAGUCGGGAUCCUAGAAACUGAGAAGAGGCGUCAUCAACAUCUUGUCUCGAGCCUUGAGUCACGCUUGUCUGCGUUGGAGAUCAAGGUGAUGCGACUAGAGUCAAUGGCAGCUGAGAAUUUGAAAGAUGGGAAUGAGCUUUUGCGCAAGGCUCGGUUUGGGAGUGGGAGUCGGAUUAAAGCUGAGGUUGAGGAUCAACUUGAGAUUGAACCCGGGAUGUCCAUUGAGGCUUGGAUUAGCGCGAAUGAUCGCUGCUAUUUUGAGAAAGACAAGCUUGAGCGUCGCCUUGGUUGA